AUGUUGAAUAUAGCUUCAACUUCCGAUUCAAAUACAACAACACGCGGUGGAAAUCAUCCCUAUCAUUCGGAACAUGAUCCAAAUUCAAUAGAUCCUCUUGAAAUUCAUCCAGUUGCAGCUGAAUUUAGAAAACCUCUUUCAUCACCAAUUCCACCUUCACCUCUUCAAAAAGCCUUCUCUCAAACAAGCCUUAAUUUGAAAUUUUCUCUCAAUGAAUGGAAGAAUCAACGAAAGGAACAAUUUAAAAGUAAUUUAAGAAAGGAAACGUGGAAACGAAGAGGACGAUCUUUAUUGAAUUUAUGCAAGUCGAGGAAGUUUUGGGAGAGUGUUUUGAUUUGUUAUGGAUUUAUACCGUUGGGAAUGGGUUUAGCAAUGCUUGGACCAACGUUACCAUCGUUGCAGGAUAAAUUGAAAGCAACCGAAGGAAAGAUGGGUUUAUUAUUUACACUAAGAGGAGUUGGAUACAUUUUAACAAGUUUAAUUGGUGGUUGGGUUUUAGACUAUUUGAAAAGCAAAGUUCAAUCAAACACUGUGAAAACAGUUUUAAAUCAAAUCAUUCUGCUAAUAGGAUUGUUUUUAGUGGCAGGAGCUUUUGCAACGAUACCGUUUCUUACAUCAUUUAUUCCUGUAGCGUUGACUUACUUUGUGGUGGGGCUUGGCCUUGGUUGCGUCGAUCUCACCUCAAACGUGCUAAUCAUUUGGAUUUGGGGUAAUCAUCGAUUAGUGUCCACAUUUUUGCAAUUUUUACAUGCAUGUUUUGGAAUUGGGGCUUUUAUUUGUCCAAUUAUUGUAAAAAUAGUGUUCGAUAGUUACCCCACGGCUCAAUCAUUCAAUGGUGACAAUGAGCAACAACAACAACAAACAGAACAUCCCAUUAACAACCCACUUGCUCUUUCUCACUUCAUUGGAUCUAUUGUUACUUUGAGUGGAGUCAUACCAAUUGCAAUCUUUUGCUUUAUGGCAUUAAAACAUCCACCUCAACAAGUGGUGGAUGAAACCACGGCGAGUCAUCAAGUGGUUGAAGAAGUUGCUAAAAGUUUCGAUGAAGAAAAAGUUUCCACCAUUGGUGACGUCUUUCAUGAUAUUGAAUUGGAGGAAAGCCCAAAACCAAACCGUGAGAUCACUAGUAUUUCCUCUGUGGCACAUCAUGAAGUCGCUCAAUCUUCAACAUCCUUAGAAGAUGAAGAUGAAGAAGAAGAAAAUUCCCAAGAGACAUUGAUAAAACCGACCUUAUGGCAGAAGAUUGUCGUGUGUGUCUUGACUGGAUUUGCCUUACUGAAUUAUGUGGGUGCUGAAAUUGGUUUUGGUUCUCUCGUUGUGAAAUUCAUUGACAAGACCAAGAUUGCAACAGCGUCAGAGUCAUUUCUAUUGAAUUCAGGUUUUUGGCUCUCAUUUACUAUUACAAGAUUUGCAGGAGUGUUCCUUUCAGCAGUUUUCAGUGAUACAACUCUGCUCAUUGUUGACAUUAUUGCAUGUUUUGCAGGAAUUAUUCCUCUAUUAAUAUUUCCUUACAGUAUGGUUUGCUUGUGGGUGUGUGCAAUCAUUUUAGGAUUUGGCUUUGCAAGCAUGUAUCCAAUUACCAUUAGCUUACCAAGUAGUACAAUGAAGUUUGAGGUUUCUGGUUUUAUGACCUCAAUUAUGGUACUGGGAGGUUGUAUUGGAGAAUUGGUGGUCCCUGUGGGCAUGACGUUGAGCUUUGAACAUAUUGGGCCCACUUCUAUAUUUUACCUCAUCUUUAUUGUUUGCGUGAUUGCUUCAAUUUGUUAUGUGGUGUUGCUCUUGUUGUUUAGACCCAAGAAAGAAAAGGUCAAUCCAUCUGAUGACGAAGUGGUCGAUGCCGUAGUGGAUGACAACAACAUUUCUUCACCAAGAUCAUCCCUCUGA